UUUUGCCUUCUCUUUAAUUUUCCUAUUUCAAUUAUUUAUUUUCUUCUAAUUGUUGUGCAAUUUUCACGUGUUUAAAUUAAUUUUUUAUUUUUUUUCUUCGACGAAAGACUGAAAUUUACAUCGGUGGUCUUCCUGAUUCUUGUAGUACUGAGGAUUUAAGAGUUGCUUUUGAAAAAUAUGGGAACUUAGAGGGAUGUGAUGUUUUUAAGAAUUUUGGUUUUGUCCAUAUGGGCGAUAAAACUGAAGCCAGAUCUGCUAUCGAUGCACUGAAUGGAUCAGAGUUGAUGGGAGUAAAAAUAACAGUUGAAGCUUCUCGUAGUAAAGCCAGACCAAAGCCAGGAAUGGGGGGUAAAGGUCAAUGUUACCGUUGCGGUAAAAGUUGUCAUUGGUCCAAAGAGUGUCCACGAAAUUCUAAGGCAGGAGACAAGGGACAUGGAGUCAAUUGCUCAAAUUAUCCAACUCACACUUCUAAUGCCACACACAAAAAUAUUAAUUACUCCUCCAUUGGAUUAACUGCCACCGAGCUUUGUGAAUUUGAUGAUCUUGCCAUAGCUUUGAUUAUCGAUCCUUAUCUUGGAUUUUGUUCACACAAAAUGAACACAAGGUUUAAACCUCCAGCAGUAUCCAAAGAUUUUCUCAAGCAAUUGGUUCUUGGGUUCAAAAAACACCAAAAUUAUGAGGCAGCCUUUGAUAAAUUGGUCUCUGGUGAUUGGGCCGGUGGUUUAUAUCAUUCUCGUAAUGAGCGUCACAAAAAAUUAUUUAGAGAUCAUGUUUUCAGAUUUUUACGAAUUUUUGAUAAAAACUCAGGUUUUGAUAUCAAACCUUGUUACAGGUAUUCAGCGGAAGGAAACGUUGGCGCGAAACUAGUAGCCACACAGAAAUGGUUUAAAAACGAAAAGAUUGAAAUGCUUGUGGGCUGUAUUGCUGAGUUGACCGAAAAAGAAGAGGAAGAAAUGUUAAAACCGGGUAUCAAUGAUUUCUCUGUGAUGUAUUCUUGCCGUAAAAACUGCGCUCAACUUUGGCUCGGCCCUGGAGCAUUCAUAAACCAUGAUUGUCGAGCAAACUGUAAAUUUGUAUCUACUGGACGUGAUACUGCUUGUAUUAAGGUUUUAAGGAACAUAGACAUUGGCGAAGAAAUUACAUGUUUUUACGGGGAGGACUUUUUCGGUGACAAUAAUUGUUACUGUGAGUGUGAAACCUGCGAAAGGAGGAAAACCGGAGCUUUUGCCCAAAUAAAACCAGAAAAUCAGGAAGAUAUUAAUCCUCAAUGUUCAUCAAAGAUUUACAGCUUUAGGGAGACUGAUAAUCGGCUGAAUCGGAUGAAACAACAGGCUAAGAAAAAGGAAAGUAAAGAAGGAACCAAAGGAAGAGGAGCUACGGGAGCACAAGGUGGAAUCAAGGACAAUUCUAACCGAACUUCGAGUAGCAAAACAAAACUCGGCAACAGAAAUGGUCUCGUUAAAACAAACUCAGCUCCACAAAAUAAAUGUAAAACAUCAAUUGUUGACCAAAUGGACGAAGAAAGUCUAGAUGGUAAAACAAUAUUUACAACUAGAAGUGGCCGAGUGAAAAGACCAAUGGCCACCGAAUCACGACAAACUAAAGUCGACGCGGACAUUGUAAAGUCCGUUGAUCGCACUCAUCAAACUGAGAUUUUAAAAAAUACUGAGCUUAAAAUGGAUAAAAAAGCUGCCACUAAUAACGAACCGUCAAACGGAAAAUUAGGUAAAAAUAAUCUUAUAGAUAAUUUUUCCUCCGAAUUAAAAGCUUGUGAUAAACCCGGCGAACUUGAGUGUUUGAAAAGUGAUUUAAAUCAAUUGCACUUGAACGAUUUCAAGGAUCCAUGUGAUGAAAAGUUGAUUUUCCCAAUCGAUAAAAAGCCGCCUUUAAGACGAUCAACUAGACUUUCAAGCAGCAAUUCUAAUCCCGAAUCAAACGAAUCUCACCAAACAAUACAGCCAUCACUUCCUCCUCCUCCUCCUCUCUACCAUUCAUUUUCCUCCGGGAAGCAAAUCUCCUCGAAAGAUGUUUACGAGUUAAGCCAAAGAAAUGAUUCUAAAGAUGAAUGUUUGGAUCAUGAAAGUUCCAAAGCAAAUGGUAAAAGAAGAAUAGAACUUAAAAUAAGACUCCGUCGAAAGACAAACAUUAAUAAUGGAGCCACUGGAUCAGAUGAUCGAUCUAUAUCAGGGAGCAGUGAUACCACAAUCAACAACAGUUGGGAGAAAGUACCUUACGAAGAGUUACCUGGACUGACCAGUGACUGCAGUAACUCUCUAUCAUCAAUGAAAGGAGCUCGACUGUCCAGUAGACAACCAGAAGUCCGUAAAAAGACUCGGAAAAAGAAACGGAAAAAAAGUUCCCGAUCAUCAGAUGUUGAUCUCAAUAGACUAGAAGAUGAGGAAGUUGAUAAUGAUCCAAAUAAUAACCUGAACAAUGAGAAACUUUCACAAUCUAGAAAUAAUGAUAAUCUAUUUAAUAAUUACGACCAUAACAUCAAUUCCUAUUUAUCUAGUGAUGAGAUUGCCAAUCAAGGUAUUGCCAGCAAAAGAAAAAUGACCACUCGAAGUUGCCAUGUUCCACCAGUAAUUGUCGAAGAUGUUACAGUGAAACGGUUGAAACUUCGUCUUCGUGAUGAAAUAAGAUGUAUAGAAUUACUAAAAACAUCAUCGUCUAAAGUAUCAUAGUAAUUAACAAUUUCCCCUAAAUUAAUUGUGCAUCUCGAUUGUAAAUAUUGUCGAUUAUACCUGUAUAUUUAUAAGUGGUCGGUGGUCAAAUCCAUUCACUACCGAUCAAUUAUCUCUCUUAAACCCGCCUUCUAAUUAACCUCUCUCUCUCUCUCUCUCUCUCUCUUUUCCACUGGCAUGGUUUUUCAAUCAAUCAUUAUCUCAAAUUGACGAAACAAUCAAUUGAUUUUCUUUCGUCUGAUCCUCUUAUCCAUUUUUUGUCUUUGAAUACUACACCAAAACUUAUACAAUACCUUAAUUGUCUCAAUUGUUUCUAUUAAUAUCUCAUCAUACGAAAGUAUUGUAUUGAUAAUUGUACAAAAAGUUUGGGUUCUCUUUAAUCAACUCAAGUGUAAACCAAUUAAAUUAAAAAUCAACCAUCAAAAUGAAAAUCAGCCAAUAUGGAUUGAAAGAGAUAAUCAACAGAGAGCAAAUUUUUUCUAAUUGUUCUAUUUAAAACUAAUUGUUUAGAAUUUCGUCUUUGAUUGACUCUCAUAUUCUCAAUUCUACAAUCAACUAGACCAAUCUAAUUGUUUCUUGCCCCUCUGUAACAAUUGUUAUCCAAACAAAUCACAAUUAACCGACUCAAUAUUUUAACAGUUAAAUGACAGAAAAUUUUUCUCUUUUUCUACUGAUUGACAACAAUUUAAAUCAUCUGUCAAUCGACAAAUGUAUAAUUAAACCUGAAAUCAAUUCUGUUAUAAUCCAAAGUGAUUCUGAUCAACCCUUUUGUUAAGCCAAAAUGUACUCGAAAAUACAAGUAAUCAUCUAAAUAGUGAAUUAAAAGGAUCGGAUGAAUUUGAGUUGAUUCGAUUCACGCUGAUUUAA